CUCAUCUACUCCUGCAAUCCACGUUCCUUCUUGCGCAGUUUUAAUUGCUCUUCUUCGCGCCCUCCUCUUAUUAACGAACACCAAUCAUGAAGUUCACCUCCACUUUUGUCGCCCUCUCCCUUGUCGCCCUUGGCGUCCAGGCUCGUCAUGAGCUUCCCUCGCGCUACUCCCUUGCGCGCCGGGGCAACCAGUUCGUCACCGGUCCUUGCUCCGUCGACUCAGACUGCCAGCAGGGGUGCUGCGGUUUCUCCACGGGCAAAUGCGCCGGCCCUGCGGUGGCGCAGAGCAACGGCUCCGGCGGAUGCGGCCACGGCACCGCUGCCCCCAACUGCAACGUCGCCGCCGCGCUCGGCCUCAAGGACUGCAUCGCCGGCGCCGUGAACGGCAACCUCGCGGACCCCGCUGUUCAGACCGCCGCUGCAUUCGUCGCCAAGCUCGACGGCCUCCCCUUCACCCCCGCCUCCGGCUCCUCCUCCUCCUCCUCCUCUUCUUCCGAUAACGCCGCCGCCGCCCCGGCCGCAGCCGCCGCGCCUGCAGCGGACCAGUCCAGCAAGAAGACGGUGUUCGAGACGUGCUCGGCCGACUCGGAUUGCCAGCAGGGCUGCUGUGGCUUCUCCACCGGCAAGUGCGCCGGGCCUGCGGUCGCGCAGACCAACGGCUCCGGUGGGUGCGGCCACGGCACCGCGGUCCCCAACUGCAGCGUCGCCAAGGCGCUCGGCCUCAGCGACUGCGUCGCGGGCGGUACCAGCAACCCGACCGACCCCCUCGUCCAGGCCGCGGCCGCGUUCGUCUCCAAGCUCGACAACAUCCCGUUCACCCCGGCCAAAUAGGCGCGCGCGCAGUCGAUGGUAGUGGCAUUGAAUUCGUAGAGGUGUCCUGACAAAACAUUGUACAACAAUUACAUCAUGAUUGACGGUAUAUUACCGCGCGGAAA